UUGACUCCAGUGGCUCCAGUUGCCCCCUCACCCCCUCGCCCGGUGUCUCCUUCCGCCUACAUGCGCCGGUUGCCUCCGCCCGCCGGGUCCUACAUCCAACGGGAGCACAGUUACCCCGUGGGAAGUGCCCUGAGGUGGAAACGUCGGGCAGAAGCUGCCCUGGAUGCCCUGGAUCGGGCCCAACGGCAGCUCCAGGCCUGCAUCUCCUCGUGGAUUGAUGGGUUCUUCUCAUGGAUUGGGAGGUUCUCAUGGAUUGAUGGGUUCUCCUCGUGGAUUGAUGGGUUCUCCAUGUGGAUUGAUGGGUUCUCAUCAUGGAAUGGUGGGUUCUCCUCAUGA